AUGACGGACCUUCAUGUCUCGGUACAAUUUAGUAUGUCGACACAGAUGAAUCAAAAACUAUAAAACGCAGUCAUUUUUUAAGGCAUGUUCCAUCCCAUUUCAUUUUCUUGGGCAGGCAAGUGAGUCACUUAACAAGUUUUGUUAAGUUGAUAAAUGGAAACUGCUUGCAUUAAAUAUCCACAUGAUUUCGCAAUUUUGGUGCCGCAUACGAAUGUCUUUCCGAAAUAUCGAGACAAGAAUGUUUAAUACCUACUCUAACUUAAACUUGAAGUACCAAUUUUUCUGAAUUGAUUUUUUUACUUACAAGGAUCGCUAUCCAACAGGGGGUGAAAGUCAAACUGGAAUACACAAAACGCACGCCGAAUCCAUCAGUAAGCCCCAAAACGAAAAGCACUACGCAGUUGACAACUUGGAUGUUGGAGAUCACCUUCAAGUCGUUUCUGUUGAAAGUCAUUUCGAGUCAGUUCAGUCACGGAGAUCAAAACGCGUGCUGUUUGAUCCACACACUCAAUGCGGAAAUGGAAAGUCAUCACGUGUAUUCAAAUUAGGCAUCUGA